AUGGCCACUGCUUGUAAGACGAAGGAGGAUACACGAGACUGUGCAUCUGCACGAUCCUCUACGUUUGUGCACUCGAAGGAGAAGAAGAAGAAGAACCCUUCAGUGACAGAGUGGAUCAGAGAAGGCGGUGAAGGAAUGCUAUCGAACAACACCUGCCCCAUGAAGGUCACCAGCUACGAAGUGUUGCGCCAACGCAACUCUAACCAUAUUACCAUAUGCGGAUGUCGCCUGCACCCGAUUUUGCUACUGUCGGUACUGAGCUGCAUUGCCACUUUCGCCUCCCAUCGUUGGGCCAUGUACCAUACCACGCAACCAUUCAUGUACCGUCGGUCACUGCCACGCAACACAUCCUGGCUUCCCGAUAUCCGGAGCGGGUACCUCGUAUAUUCUCACGCCUGCCAGAUUCCGGAGAUCAGCGCCCACCACCCGUCCCUCCAACGCUUGCUGUCUACCUCCGCACGUAUCAACUGCAGCGAGUCGUAUCCCAUGUUCUCCUUCAAUACCUUGGACCGGCUCUACAUUAACUCAGAGGCAAUAACCAACACAACUCAAAAUACACCAGCGCUGCAGCCGGUGUCCUGUUGCUACCACAGAAUAUAUCGAGGUGUGGACGACGACAGCGUUGAAGAGGACUCUCAGUGCGUGCCUGUCACGAACGGUUCCUUGAUUGUGGACGAAUUCAUUCGUCUCGUGUGCUACGAUGCGAAGGAUGUCCUGGCCUACGUCAGCUAUCACGCCUUCGUCGUCAACAAGACUGCCGUAGACAGACGUCUCGCUGCCCAUGCGAACGAUGGAAGAUACAGAUACAGUGUGCUCGCACUGGGAGCCGAUGGCAUGUCACGACAAAGCAUGCUGCGCCAGUUGCCCAAAACUGUCACGUUCUUGAAGAAAAAUAUGACUGCGAUUGAGCUGAAAGGUGUAAACAAGGUGGGCGACGACACCCUGACUAAUCUGCUCCCAUUGCUCACGGGUCUCCACUACGACGAAGCUGAUGUUAUGCACGGACUCUCGCGACAUUUGGACUGGUACCCCUUCGUCUGGAAGGCCUACAAGGACGCCGGCUACGUUACGAUGUAUGCGGAGGAUAAUCCGGAAAUUUCCACUUUCAACUACCUCAAGAUUGGCUUCCACCGUCCUCCCACCGAUUACUAUCCUCGCACUCUGUUACUCCCAUUCGAAAAAGCAGUUGGCCAUCACAAGGCGCUGUCCUGCCGCUAUUGCGUCGGUCCCAUCCUCCAGGCCGAGUUCAUCCUCAAUUACUUGCGAGAUUUCGCGACAAGGUACCGAAAUUCUCCUUACUUCGCCUUCGCCUGGGUUAACUCCCUCUCCCACGAUUUCUCGACCUCCCGGUGGGUGGGAGACGAACUCUAUCACAGCUUCUUCAAAACCCUGCAAGAAGCCGGUCAUCUUCAGAAUACCAUAGUGCUCUUCUUGAGUGACCACGGCAUGCGGUGGGGCGCCAUUCGAAGGACGUACGCGGGCCAGAUGGAAGACCGCCUUCCGGGGCACUUCUGGGCCCUUCCACCCAGGUUCCACAAAAGACAUCCGCGCCUUGUUAAAGCGAUGGCGUACAACGCACACAGACUGACAAGCCCACUGGAUACGUUCGCAACAUUUACGAGCAUACAGCGAGAUUUCUUCUACACCGAGAACGACACUGAAAUAUUUAAGGAAGACUGUGGGAAGGCUUUCGAGACAGUUCGGAUGAAGUCCUUGUUCAAGAAACUUCCUAGAGAGCGCUCAUGUGAGGACUUGGAUAUGGACGAGCAGUGGUGCACGUGUCACCGGCAAAUCCCAGUGGACGUUAACAAUGCCACCGUCAUAAAUGCUGCCGAGUUUGUCGUUGAACGUAUCAACGAACAGCUGGAUAACUACAAGCACAUCUGCGCCACAGUACUUCUGCAAAAUAUAACCGCAGCCUAUAGACAUAGCAUCGAGGACAAAUCUGACAUGAGCGACUUCACGGUGACCUUGUCCACGGCGCCUAGCGGAUACUACUACGAAGCAACGGUGCGCAUCUACAAGUAUUCGAUGCAGGUGCUCGGUGGAAUCACUCUCUUAUCUUACUACGGCAACCACGAUACUUGCGUCGCUGACAAGAAGCUCAAAAAAAUCUGUUACUGCAUGACCACAGCGCAGUUGCACUGACCUUCCAUUCAGAAGGAACACCAAUAAAAUAUUUCUUCCGUUAUGGCA